GGCAAAAAUGGACAAUUAUCAUAAACCUUCAUAUACUGCUGGCUCUCAAGGCACAGGGGAGGAGUACUCAGUGCUGAGUCCUAAUAAGAGCAAUGUCAGUAAUUCUAUACAUUAUGGCAUCCCUUCUUAUCAUCCUGGGAUCAAGGAGAAUAAUGCUCAUUCUGAGAUUUUCCCGAAUAUAGUCCAAGAUUUACUAAAUGGGACUGAGGAAUGGAGGAAUAUUCAGGAUAUUAUCAGAAUGACUCUUAAAGCCCUAUGUGAAGUGAUUAGGGAUCAAGGAAUGUCUAUAAAGUUCCUUGAGAAAACUUUAGCAACCAAAGCUAAUAAGGCGGAAAUCAAUUCCGCCCUUGACACUAAGGCUAAUAUUUCUGAUGUGAGCAAUGCCAUCACGGAGGUAGCAUCUCAGUUAGAGUAUAAAGCUUCCCUUGAGGAAGUCAAUGCUAUGGUUCAUGACAAAAUGGGCAAAUCUGAACUACAAUAUUUACUUACAAAUAAAGUCUCGAUUGACGAAAUGAGAUCCUUGAUGGAGAAUAAAUCCAAUGUGCAUGAAGUAAAUCAGAAGUUUCAGUCUCUUGAUCGUAAAAUUGAGCAAUACUUUGAUGAUUUCAAAGCUAAACAACAAACUUAUGCACUUCAAAAAGAUCUUUCAAAUGUCCUAGUUCAGUUAGAACUGAAGGCAGACUUGAAUGAUGUCAAUGAAAGCUUCAGUGAAAAGGCCAACAAAUCAACAGUUGCAGGUGCACUACAUCGCAAAGCUAAUAAAGGGGAAGUAGAUGAUGCUCUAGAACUCAAAGUUGAUAAAAAGGAUCUUCAUGAAAUCCUUGACAACUUUAAGAAGGACGUUGAGCAUUCCCAAAUUAUCGGCUUUAGCAAACAGAAAGAAACUCUAGUAAAGAUUGACCAUUUCAAAGAACUUGAGGAUAUUAUUCUCAGAAAAGCUGAUAAAGCAGAGAUAGAUAUGUACCUCUCAGCUGUAAAUACACAGAAGAAAGAUUUUGACAGAAGAAUUCACCUUAUUGAAAAAGAGACAUCAGAAGUCCUCAAGACUGUUCAGAUGGAAAUUGAAACAAUGAGGACCUCCUGUAUCGAGACUCUUAACAGGAAGGCUGAUCUCUCUGAAAUAGAUCGACUGAAUGAAGAAGUGAUCACCAAGCUCAAUACAGAGUCAGUCAUUGAACUGAUCAACAAGGCUAAAUCAGAUCUAUACAUUGCUAUGAACGAGAUCAAAGAGGAUUUUGCUAAAGGGCAAAAGAAAUAUGAAGAUAGUCUUCUAGAAAAGGCUAGCAGAGCUGAGAUCUCUUCAGCAAAAAUAGCUGAAGAUAUUCACAUCACUAGAAAAGAAAUAGAAGAGCUUAGACAGAUCUCUAUUGGUGUAGAGAAAGACACAAUUGCUUACUCAAAGAACAUGUAUGAGUCUUCAAGGAAGGAGAUGGGUCAUGAGCUCAGUCGUAUGGAAAACAACCUUGAGUCAUUUAGAACAGAGAUCUCACAUAAAUUAGAUAAUUCCUUAUCUGUUCAAGAAUUUGAUAAGUAUAAACAGAAUACCUCUGAAGUUAUUGAGAAUAAGGUCGAUGUUGAAGAAGUCCAAAGAGCUAUUACAGGGUGCCAAAAUGACGCUAUCAAUCGUAUAGAUUCAUCCAAAGAAGAAGUAUUAAAGACUAUAGACGAACUAAAUGGCUCCUUAAUUCCUAACUUGGAGAGCAAGAUCGACUCACAAGACCUUGAAGCAAGGAUUGCUAACCUUGUGACUAAGAAUGAGCUUACCUCUGAGCUUGAAGAAUCAAAUAGUCAUCUGAUCAAAGACAUAAGGAAUCUUUACUCAAUAACUGAGAAGAAGACCGAUCUGGCUGACUUUGAGCACGAAAGAGAGAAGAUCAGAGAGAUACUUGAGAACAUCGAGAACGACCUUGGAGGUAAAAUGAAUGAUAUCGAUGCCCGAGAUCUUAUUAGCCAGAAGUGAAGCAUUGAUGAUGUCAAUAAAGCACUUACUGAAGUUCAUAAUGAACUUGACACUAAGUCAAACGUUGAAGAACUUCAAAGUCAUACUAAGAUGCAAACCGAGAUAAACCAAGCACUCUGUGCAGAGAACUGUGUAGCCAGAUGGAUCUGGAAGAGUGGAGAUCUUAAGAGUGGCUUCGCAAUUCCAUGGGAAAUUGAAAGUAUAAACACAUGCCCAGAGAACUUCUUGUGGGAGCAAGAUAAAGCUAACAUAAUGACAGUCGCACCAGGGUUGUAUGAAAUUACUUUCGGCUUCUUCUCAAAAAAGAAGCCAACUGUUCAACUCUUAGUUAAUGGAGAGCCAUGACUCUCUGCUGUGAAUAAUGCAUCGUAUGUUAUACAUCAUAGCUCAGGAAAGCUGAAGAGCUCAAAUAAGCAUAAAGAGGGUAACAUAACAGGUCUUACACUCAUUGAUUUUGUAGCCUUGCCAGCUAGAGCAAGGAUCUCAGUCAGCUUUAAGGGAGAAAGUACUUCAGAAGGAUUCAUGGGAUUAAGAAAGUUGUAAAUAAGUGCUUUAAGAAAGUUUUACUCAUCAAAUUAAGGAUUC